AAAGGGAGAGAUCAAGAAUGAGGGAAAUGGCAAAACCCUGUGGUACUCUGGCAGAGAGGUUUGCUUGCACAGCCUCAAUUUCAGAUGACGUCCCUGAGCAACACGUCAAGGAUAUGCUGCAUUUUCUCAAAGGAGUGGGUAUCUCCGACCCUGUUCCAGAUCACUGCGAGACCAAAGACUUCUACUCCUACCUCGUUCGUGGCAUCCUUAAGCCCCUCAACAUUCAACGAGGCCGUGUCACCUGCCUCGUCUCCGUUAAACCUGCUUUUACUAACUUUUUUGGUGGAUUCCAUGGAGGAGCUAUAGCUGCUGUUGCUGAGGCUGUGUCGGUAGCUACUGCGAGAACGGUUGUCGCUGAGGAUAAGGAGCUUUUUCUAGGGGAACUAAGCAUCUCUUAUCUCUCUUCUGCUCCAAAGAAUGCAGAGGUGAUAGUUGAUGGAUCUGUAGUUCGGAGUGGAAGAAAUCUUACUGUAAUAGCACAGGAGUUCAAGCUCAAGAAAACUGGGAACUUGAUCUACACUGCUCGUGCUACCUUCUAUCACAUGCCUGUUUCGAAAUUAUGAAUUUGGAUGUUCAGUAUAUCUCUAUUUGGGUUACCUCACUUUGCACCUCAUGGCUUUGUCUUCAACACAUUACCAAUGGUGGUCUUUGGGUCAAUAGAUUAUGGUAAUAUGUAUAGGCGGCCUAUGUAUAUUUAGUCUUGAAUAAUAUCCUUAAGUAAGAAUCGAUUACUUAUUUGUGCAAAUGUAUAUAGUUUUCACUAGAGAGGAAUAGAAUCAGAGUUAUUAGGUAUCA